AUGCGACUUGUGAUCCUCUUCAUCCAGAUCCUGUUCGAGCUCAAGCGGCAGCGCGAGGUCACGCCCUUCGUCCGCUGGUUCUACGCCACCGAGCCGCCGGGCGAACGCCAGCAGCCGCACCACCACGACGUGCACGCCAUCCCCUACCAAGUGUUCUUCCUCAUGAUCAAUCUGGAGGUGUCGCUACAGAACUACCAGGUGGCCAAGGACCUCGUGCGGCAGUACUUUGCCACGCCCAAGCCCUCCGCGAAGGGCAAGGAGAAGAGCGUGGAGCUGAGCGUACAGCAGCAGAGCGCACUCGUGGAGCUGUUCAUAGUCAACAUCCUCCUCCCCAUGAAGCAGUACAGCGAGGCCCGCGCCUUUGUCUUCUCCAUGCAAUCCACUCUCGCCCCAUCUGCCAUCAUCGCGCUGAAGAAGGAAAUCGACCGCGCCGAAGACGAAAUGAAGCGGCGGAACGUCGAGGCCGCGCGCGUCAAGAGGGCUCCCCUUGAGGCGAUCGUGGUCGCCGAAGACGGAGACGACGACGCGGGUGGGCGGCGACCGCGGGCCGCCAACUACAACUACUACGCGACCCUGUUCGGUGGCAUCCUCACCCUCUUCUGGUUCGUCUACUGGAAGCAGGACCGGCUGCGCGGCCUGCGCGACGCGGUGGUGCGCAACCUGCGGGAGCUCCUCGAGUCGGCCUUCUCCUACGACCGCACCUCGCUCAACCAACCGCGGCCGCGACGACGUCUCGGCAACUGA